CGAAAGCGUGUGUGUUUUCCCUUUAUUUCGUGCGUCCAACCAAACCGCAGCCAUCGAGCGUCGAACUCGCGGGUUGUUGGCAUUUCUUCGCAGUGCUGUGUUUUCCCCCCUCGCGGUUGUGCAGUUGCAGUUUUUGGUGACAGCGGCGGCGGCGGCGGCAAGUGUGAAGUGAAAAACCCUAUCCCCCCUUCUCGCGAAACCUUUUCUUCCGCCGCCUAUUGCGCCAGAAGGGGAGACGUUCUAGCGAGCGGCAGUGAGCGGCAAUCGGCAAAUAGUGCAAACGACGAGCCCCCGCCCCACCCCAGUGCCCCAAUGGAAGCGCAGUGUAAUGAGAGCGCUAGAGGGAGAUAGCCCAAGUGCUGGGCGAGAGCGAGCAAGCGAGAGAGUGGGAAAGUGCGCGCGUACUAAAAGCUAAACCCUCUACACUCUCUUAGCCUGCUGCGCCGGCAGGAUGAAUGCACUCGAUCAGCAUUCGUAAACGGGGGAACAACAACACGCGGCCAUUCGUCCAGCGACCGUGCGUACACAAAGUGUCAAAGCCGAAUCACAGCUGCUGGGGUGAGAGUCGGCCAGUGUAUGUGUGUCUGUGUGUGCGAAUAGUGUGCAAUUUCGUGAGAUUAAAUUCGUAGUGGAUCCUUUUUCAGAAGGAUUAGAAGAGAUGAUCAGUUUAUAGCGAAAAAAAAUGCUCCCUAAAGUGUGUGCGUGCGUGUGUGGUUGCCAAAAGUACACAAAUGAUGAUGCGCAAGUAGGUGAAUGGCCAGUCGGGCGCAUUUGUUAGUGGUUCGGGAUUAAGCGUCCACAGCACAGAGGAGCGAAAAGUGUCCACAGUGUAAGUGACGGGUGUGCGCGCGUGUGUGUGUGCGCGAGUGCUUGAUAUCGUCUUAUCUUUAGCAACAAAAUUAAAAGUAGUGCUUGAGGGGUGGCACAGGUGUUGGCCAGCACAGCACAUUCGAGCACAUACUUCUGCCACCGCUUCUCCCAGCCUCCCGGCGGUGGUGGUGGUGGUCGGCCCCGCUGGUGCCCCGCUGCGAGCGAUGUGCGUCGAACGGUUCGGCUCGACGGUGCGCAAACACACUCACGCGGGCCUGCCGGUGGUGGUGGUGGUGAGCUGAUAAAGAUGAACGUUGGACAGCACACCGGGCCGGGGCCGCCAUUGAGCCGCAAUGGCUGCUCGGACCGUUCCGUCACCGGGCCGUCCUGCCGGGCGCUCCGGACCGCCGUCUCGGCGCUCUACUGUCUGGACGAUUUUCACCGCGAGCACAUCGGGUCCGGCUUCUUCUCGGAGGUGUACAAGGUGACACAUCGGUCGACCGGUGACGUAAUGGUGCUGAAGAUGAAUCAACGGCGCGCUAACCGGCCCAACAUGUUGCGCGAGGUGCAGUUGUUGAACAAACUGUCGCAUCCGAACAUCCUGAGGUUCAUGGGCGUCUGCGUGCAGGAGGGACAACUACACGCCCUCACCGAGUACAUCGAGGACGGUUCGCUGGAGCAGCUGAUCGCGAACAAGGCACAGUAUCUUCCGGCCCUCUGGAAGAUAAGGAUCGCGCUAGGGAUUGCUCGAGGAAUGCAGUACGUGCACGAUGUCGGUAUCUUCCAUCGCGAUCUUACGAGCAAGAACGUGCUGGUGAAACGGUUACCGGAUGGAAUGUUCGAUGCGGUGGUCGGGGACUUUGGACUAGCGGCUAAUAUCCCCCGAAAGUGUGGCAAACCGCGCCUUGACACUGUUGGCUCACCGUACUGGAUGAGUCCGGAGUGUCUGAAAGGACAGUGGUACGAUCAAACCAGUGAUGUAUUCUCCUUUGGAAUAAUCUUGUGUGAAUUGAUAGCUCGGAUUGAGGCAGAUCCAGACAUCAUGCCCAGGACUGAUACGUUCGGUUUGGACUACAUUGCUUUUGCUGAUGUGUGCCCAAACGACACGCCACCGGCGUUUUUAAGACUGGCCUUCUAUUGUUGUACUUAUGAUCCAAAGAGUCGACCAACCUUUACGGAGUGUGUAAAAAAGUGUACGCUGCUGUCGGAUGUGUGCGAGGAUAGCUACAAUCAUCUACAGCAGCAACAGCAGGCACACUAUCGCAUGAACCUAGCGAACGGAAGUGCGAUCUCGAACGGUGUCGGCGUGAAUGGGCUGAACGGGUCUACCAGCAGCAGCUCGGAACCGGUGCCCGCCGUCAGCGAGAAUGUUUCCGCGGGCAGCAGCACAACGACCACCCCGUCCAGCAGUGGCGAGUAUUCGCAGAACCCGCUGCACCACCGGCGCUCCCUGUCCGAGAAUGUGAUCGUAUUUCCGCCACACACGACGCCGAGUGAUAAGGCGCGCUAUCAUAUGUACCAGCGGGGCAACUCGGUGGUUCGGCCGGCCGAACCGGCCAUACCGGAAUCGCCCACCUACUCCAACCAAACGCUACGCAAGGUGGCGGAAACGAUGCUGCUGAAGGACUCGCAGUACAAGCCGCGGGCCAAAACGGAACCGGGCAGCGGAACGAAAGCGAAUCCGUUCAGUGCACUGUCGCAGCUGAAGGGCGUCAAGAAGAUUCUCGGACCCAAGCCGGCCGUUACGACGUACAGCUCGGGCGAUUUGUUUAGCUCGUGCUUUGAAAUAUCGGCCCCAUACUUCCGGGCCUGGAACUCGGUGCAAAACCAGAUCGUGCGAAAUGCGCGUGAAGGUCGCAGCUGUGCCGGCGGAAUGGCAAACUCGGGCGGUUCCAGCUCCGGCAGUGGGCACGGCGAAGGACAACCGAAAAGUUUGCCCAAUUCUCCCACAUCGCCGCGCAAGGAGUACGGCGAGGAGGACGAGGAUCAAUCGGCCGGGGGCGCGCUAGCGAACGAGUACCGCAAAGUGUCGCUCGGAAAUGUUCGAAAGUAUCGGGCCAGCUUCACCGAACUCUCUAGUCAUCCACUGUACAAGAGUGGCCAAAUUGAGAAUGAAAUUGCGAGUGCAGGCGGAGCGACGAAUGCGGCCAAGACAUCCAGCACAGCCACCGGUACCAGCUCGGCAGCCUCGCCAAAUAGCGUCAAUUUAUCUACUGUAAAGAAAAUGUCCAACGGUAGCGUUAAGCCGAUAAUGCCUUCCAUCGUGUCGGAGGAUCCAGUCGAUGAGGAAUUGGAACUGAACGAAGAGGAAACAAAAGCAGGAGUCAAAAGUUCGAAAGUGCUCAACGGUGGCGAUAGCCAGCUGGGCCAUAUGUGUGGCAGUAACAAUGGAGACAGCGGGACGGAAGAGGGACAGGACGGCGCGAGCUGUGAUGGAGAAUCGACUCAGCUGGACGAUGAGGAGGAAGAGGAGGAGGGUGUGGAGGAUGGAGAGGUGGUAAUUGUUAGGCAGAAGACUGACGGGGAACCGAGAAACUUGGAGGAGAGAUUGCUUAAGUCUGCGUCUGGUACGACCGUGAUAAGCGAGCCGAGUACGACCGGCACGAGCGGGAAGGAUGCAUGUCCGGAGGGAGAUGUGGUACUUGAGACGCCUCGGAUUCUCACCCGACGGGGAUCGACCGAGAGUGGAUUCUUUUCCUGCCUCAACGAGGACUUUGGUACGUACAAAUCGUCACCUUGCUGCUGUUUGGAUCAGAUUACACACUUCGAAUCGACGGACCGGCUGUCGAUGUGCAGAUGCAUCUACGCGGGAGCGGCAACGUUGACCGGUGCAGGAGGACCAGGUACUGCGUCGAGUGGAACGCCUGCCGACGGAAUGACCGGACUGAUGUCCAACCAGACAUUGAACGACAGCUCAAGCAUACUAUUCUUCGACGAUAGCUCAACCACGGUCAGCUCCCUGCGCAGCAUGGACGAUCUAGAGCUGUCGGAUUCGAUACGAAAGCGCUUCAACCACCUGCACCAUCUCCACCCGGUGCAUCACCAGCUUCACAACCGGCACCACCACUUGCUGAGCAAUGUGGACAUCGAUGCCCGGUCGAUUGACAUGGGUCUGAUCAAUCGGUUGGCGCUUGAUUCCGAAAUAAGCAGCAUGAUUCAAAAGAACCAGUUCACCAACCAGCUGCUGUACUGCAAGAACCGUUCCUCGUCGAUUUUCACCGACAGCUCGGACGAUAUCAGCAGUCUGGCCGGUUCGGACUCGCUGCUGUGGGAUGAUCGCUCGUGCACGACCAUGCCAAACACUCGCUCUGCCCAGAUCGCCAAGAUCGUGGAGUAUUUCGAGCGCAAGGGCCAAACAUUCAAACCAUUCACUGUACCUGAUACGCUACAGCUGGGCGCAUCUGCCUCCGGGAGCCACUGUGGUGGCAGUGGAACAGGCAGCUCCGUGCAUCUGCAGCAUCAUCAUCACCAUCACCAUCAUCAUCUACAUCACCAUCGCCCUAGUGCGGCCUAUGCAGCGGGAACGAACGCAUCGUCCUGUGCUGGGAUGGGUGUCACGGCCACGGGCGGUGCCGCACCAACGGCUUCCACCAAUACAGCAACACCAAAUGGAGCGGUCAUGGACAGUGGGCGACGGCAUUCUUCCACUUCCGGGGCCGUAACUUCCGCGGCAGCCAAUGCAAAGCUAUCUCAGGCUGAACUAAAGCAACGCUUCGAGUACGAAGCGUUCUGUCUGGAACUGGAACGAAAGCAGCAAGCUUCCGUCACAGUCCCGAACGCUCCCCAAAUACGGUUAAACAACAUCUGCGAGGGUAACGUUCGCUCAAAACUGCAACUGUUCGAUAAGCAGAGACAGCAGAGCAAUGCUGCGGCGGCAACUGUGGCAGCCACAAACGGCACGGCACUGACUAGCAGCAGCAGCGGCAACAAUGUCAGCAUUAAAGAGGUGUGAAUGCUGUGUGACGAUUGCACGGUUCUGGCGUGUCGCUUCACGCUCGGUCUACACAAAGAUCCCCCCGGCUUGAUGGUAGCCACUAAUCCGUAGCAGAAGUAGCGCGUUCAGUACCAACGCAGGCAGUAACAUGAACGGGUUAACCAUAAUAGAUAAGUAGAAAAAUGAUAAUGAUGCGAGACGUCUUUAGAAUAUCGACUGGCAAUAGCGAUCCCUUCACACGGCUAUCACACAACCAGAAGACAGUAGGCUGAAAGUUGACAUACUAAAAGUGUACAGAAGACUAAAAAACAAGAAAAAAAAGUUAUAUUACCUACCCAUGUAACAUUUGUUCAAAUGGACGGUUAGAUGAAAAUAGAAGAAACCUCCCAACUUGUUAUAUGUUUCUCCGUCCUAGCCGUCAGCUACAUGAGGCAGCAACAAGUAACAAACCAGCAAAUUCAAUCCACUAAGCACGAGGUAAUCGAAAUGUAAGAAACAAAUGCGCCAAACAAUUGUAACGUAGAACCUGAUCGGAUGUGUCAAAGAAGUUGCAGCAGAGAAAGAAAGAGAGUGGCAAAAAAAUAAGAGCAGUAGUAAAAUAUAUACACAUUUCAAUUUUGCACGAGCCAAUCACCCCUUAGCGCAACAGAAGAGCAAUAGCCACAAUAGAUAAUUGGACGGGAGAAGUCAAUCGGACACUGUAGUCGUUAUUGUCGAAGGUGCAAAUACGAUCCCACAGUGUUGGCGCAAUGGGCGUCACAUCUUCUCCUAGAUCAAUACUUCCAUCCUUUAGCGACAUUUACAUUUACACUCAAAUGUUGAGGUAGUUAAACGGGGUUCUAGCAAUCAUCAGGAAAAACAUUUUUAUGAUGCAAAUCCAACCCAUCAUUGGUGUGAACACGCUAAAGCGCCUGGCGCUAUCACGGCAUCGUGCAACGAUCUAGCUCCAUUAAAAGAAACAAGUAAAGUUUGCCAAACAUACUGUUGGAAAAGGAAGAAGCAAAUGAGAUGAAGAUAUCCUGUUAAAAAAAAAAUAACACAGAAACACACAAUACCGAUAACGAAACAUAGGGCAAGUAUAAAGCGUGAUGCAUAAGCACCAUCAUAAAUAACAGUUGGGCCAAUCAAUUUGCGGCGGUUUUGUGUCUGGUUAGAAAGUCUGAAAAGGAAAAUGUAAAGUGGGGAAAGAGUGAAUCAAUUCGUAAACUUUUUGACGUCCAUUUUUUAAAAUAAUCAAUUAUAUUAGUAGUACACAGAAGAAAAAUGAGUUUAUGAGGAGGAUUAAAAAACACAAAUGUGAAUAUUAUGAAUCAGAAAUAACACACACACACACAUCCAUCGCAGCCUACAGUGAUCAAUGUUGUGAAGAAAACCUGUGAGGUGAGUUGGAAGGGAUUGUUUCUUUUUUUCUUCUUCUUUACACAUCUCCCGCGAGAGGACUGAACGAUAGUAUGUAGCAAAUCACAGCUGUGCAGAAGAAAUAAUGCCAAAAAUUGAGAUCUACACACAUUCACGCAUGCAACGCUAAAAAAGUGCCGCUUCUGUUUCUUUCCUGCGUUACAUUGCAAGGAAAGUUAGGAAUAUCAUUUUCGUUCUGUCAUUCGCAUUAUUAGCGGUUGGCGGCGUGUGCACCACGAGGCCUUCCUUAUCCGCACUCUUGCAUUGGUAUUUCUUUGAGUUUGUUUCCGACAACCACCAGAUUUAAAUAGUGUAGUUACAGUGGUUGGUUACACACUCUCGCCUACACACAGUACGAACGGUACAGACACAGGUUUACAAUCAGAAGGCAUAGUUUAUCAUAUCGUUUGCCACUAAUUUGCUUGCCUACCUCCAGCAUCCGUUUGCUGCCAGUUUCUUUUCCCUUUCCUUGCGAGCGCCACUUCUUCUAUUUUAUGUGGCGAGGCACUAGUAUUCUCGUUCCCUUCAUAUCUGUUUACACCUUUUAUCUACUAGUAAAUAUGGGCAUGUUUGCAAUAUACUGAUCUAGCUACGCAUAAAAAAAAGAUAGAAAUUAGUUUAGUAAGUUCUUACGUUAGUGUCAAUUAAUUGCAGGAAUUAUUGGUAGUGUAUAAAUAGUGUGUAGCGGCGAUUAGUUUGUUUUAAGGGUCAUCGUUCCCACUGCACAGUGCUCGGCCACUUGCUAUAAGUUGUAAGUCGGGCUACGUCUCCAGCUAGUUUAGGGACGGGAACGGCGGAGGGUUUAAGACUCCGUUCCGGUGUGAGAUUAUUUAUUACUAUUCUUCUGUCGCUCUAGUAUACCUUUAUGCCACUCUAAGUGAUUACACUGCAGCGUUACUUUUAAGUGCAAGUGCGUUAGUUGGUUUGUGUUUUGUUUUUAGCAACAGGUAGCCACAGGUAGAAUCCUAUCUUAUGGCUAUACUCGUUAGAGACCCGUUGGUUAGCCAAUGCUCUAGCUUUGUGUGCUGUAAAUAGUUCAAUUUAGCGUGGAGCUGUAGGUACUAAUUUUAAAUCACAUUCACAACAAACAUACAAACCACAACCCAGCAAGCUAACAUACAAUCAUCAGGAAGAUAAGCAAGUAUUACCUAACUUUACAUUAAUUUUCGCCAGUCAGCCAAUUUUCCUAUCGUUGUUCUGUAGUUUAGAACGAACAGACAGUUGAACUGCGUUUCUUUCCCUGCUCCAUUUACUGUUACACUUUGGUACAUUUUAAAUCCGUUGCUCACCUAGUGAACGCUUGAGUUUGUGUUGGGUCUGGGAGAGAACUCCUGCUCGUCUGCCGGUAGUAUUUGAUCCAUCCAAGCGCGAAACUAAACGCAACCAUACAUAAUUAAAUAUUCGUACUAUACAUUGCCGGUGUCACACCGUAGUACAACCCACACACACGCUGUUCGUUUAUAGAAAGAGCAAACUGUUAUUUGAUGUUCUUUAGGGUAUUCUCUUACCAGACAGGUUUAACUAUAGAAUAUGUAAAAACAACAUUCAAAAAAGCUAAUAAUACCGUUUUCUUCUUCAACCACCUGAAAGGGGGUAAUGUAUGCAGGGCAGAGUAUGUUUAAAAAAUAUCAUAAAAGCAAAUGAAAUUUGGUUCGAAAACCUUAAAAACACGAGCGGAAAAAGAUAUCAAUUUUCACAUUAUUACACACGACUGUUUGCAAUCUAUAUUGCAGGUGCAAAGUGCCGCGCCACUGUGUACUCGGUCCCCCUCAUGCCAACUGUAUGGCUUGUAUAUAGGUAUAUACAAAUGAUAAAGUUAAUAUAUAUAUUUGAUUGUAAUUAUUAUUGUACCAAUGAAUCAAUUGUGCGCAACAAAGUUAAAAACAGCCAAUUACAACAAAAUUGUGAGGCCGUGUUUUGCUAAAUUGUUUGCAGCAGAACCGUUUGCAGACACGAACUACAGAUUCAAAUUAAUGAAACAAUCGGAAAAGUCCAUAGGUCCAUAGAGAAUAUUUUUAAUUUUCGAGCAGCAGGCAGGUGUAAGGAAAUUCAAUCCACAAAUUAGGUCAAAAAGAUGUCUAGUUACAGAGAGGAAGCGAUCGUAAGUUACAAACUGUGUCAAAACUGGGGAAACUGAACGAAAUGUUAAUAAACAUUAGUGAAAUACA